ACGGGGAGACCCAUCCCGCGCCCGCGCGUUCGGAUGGGUCGAACCGGACAAAAACGCGGCCCAGCGCGCGGAUCCAUCCCUAAAAUGGAUGGCCGCGGCGUCCGGGACGAUCCAAACCCGGUCCAAAUCUGGGACGAGUUUGAGUGGCCGCGGAUGCCGAAGGCUAGUCGCUCGCGUCCUCCCCUUGUCCGCCACUGGUCCGCCUGUCUGUCUCCCAAAACAAAAACACUCCACUCCACUCCCAAAAUCUAGAGAUAGCCGACGAAGCGACUGCCGCCGCCACAGCCACCACCGCCAUCAUCGGAGACGAGGCACAGCUCGCGGCCGUAGCCGCUCCUCCCGUGGAGGCGGAUCCUCAACUGGACGCUCCGGUGGUCGUCGAGCCCGGGCCACCGGCGAAGAAGACGAAGCCCGAGCUCACCGCUGAGCAGAGGGCGAUGGAGACCAAGAAGGGGGGGGAGCGGCGCAGGGCGCUCGACCAACAGAAGAGGGAGGCCGCCGCCGCGGAGGAGAGGCAACGGGCGGCGGAGCAGCUCCUCGAACUCCAAACGCAUGCGAAGGCUUGUGUCAUUCAAGAGCAGGCGCAGGCCAUGCUCUUUUACGGCCACGCAGCGCUCGGCCAGCACAUGAUCAUCCCAGGCACCGGCACGACCUCGGGGGGAGCUCGGCCUCGUCCGCCCAGUAUCAGCAGGCCUAGUUACUCUCUUCCCCGAACUUAUGCAGAGUACGAAUUUAUCGAGUUCGAUCAGUACUAUAAAACCUAAGUAUUUUAUUAAACUUAAGUAUUUUAUUGAUGAGGCGGCACCCAGAUUUGAACUGGGGAUAAAGGAUUUGCAGUCUCCUGCCUUACCGCUUGGCCAUGCCGCCAAAAAAUCCGAGGGAAAAUCGAGAAAAGAGGAAGUAUUCAUCCACGUUUUCUUGCGAAAAACCCUUUUAUUUUGAAUAUAAUUCUACUUACUUUUUUUCCAAUCUAAAAAAAAGAUUCCUGCUUUUUUUGCUCAACUGGCCCGCCGACUGCCCCGUUUGCAUACAUGCCCGGCGCGCACGAAAUGGGGGCGCAGUCAGGGCGGUACGCGUACCCGUCACGGGAUGGGUCACCGGAGCUGGGGGAGUCCAUGACGGGGUCGUUACCUUCGUCCAUUGACCUCAACCGUGCGCCGGCGAACUCCAAAGGGCCCAAGCACCUGGGAGCAGCAGCAAUGGCCGGUGCAUGCAACCUGCUCGACGAUUUGUCGGCCGAGCGCGCACAGCCACCGUUGCAGGCACCGUCCAUCGUGCAGGCCCCUCCAUCUUUCCCGCAGAAAAUGCCGACGACCAUGCCAUAUCCUUCGACACAGCAGGCUCCCCAGCCACCUCCCAUUGACACACAGGAGGAUACCACUGCCUGUCCCGGCAGCAUUAACAUCGAGGAGGAGCCUUUGUUCACUCAGGAGCUCACACAAGCCGCAACUGCACAAGCUCGAGCUCGCCGGGUAAGCAAAAGAACCAGCAACUACACGGAGAAGGAGGACAAGGUGCUCGUCGAAGGAUGGUUGACCAUCGGGCAAGAUGCAUUGACGGGUGCCGAGCAGAAGGGGACCGCAUUCUGGCGCCGGAUCUAUGAUUAUUUCCAUGAACAUCGCAAAUACGGGCUGGAUCCAAAAGAGGUGGGGAGCAAUUCAAACGGAAUGCAACAAGUUUCAGGCGGCGUAUGAUCACGUGAGGCGGAUCCCUGUUAGUGGCAUGGGUGUGAAGGAUUUGGUGUGGCAAGCUUUGGAAUGGUACAAAAGCAACAAUAAAGAAAAGACUUUUGCCUUCCCUCAUUGUUGGAAGGAACUCCAAGGCACCCCUAAGUUCCAGGAGGGGUACGACGGGUACAUGACGACCUUGACUGGCAACAAGACCGCCAAAGAUCCCACAGCCAUUGACCUUGAUGGUGGGCAGCCUUGCGGUAGCUCCCUUCUCGUGCAAGUCGUCCACGCGGCCACAAGGCAACCAAAGCCGACAUGAAGCGUGAUGCUUCGUCCAUGCUAUUGUUCGGCACUUUGAAGGAGAUGCAUGCAGACAGAGAGGUGUCCACGGACAAGAGGGAUGAGAGGAGGCGCCGGGAGAAAGAUGAGGACAAGAAGAACUACUUCGAUGUCCAAAAGAAGAAGCUUGAGAUUGAAGAGGUCAAGGCCAAGACCAAAGCUAGAGAAAUUGAGCUCAAAGAGAGAGAAAUUGAGCUCACAGCAAUGGCGCCAAAGAGGUGGAGUUGAAGGUGAAGGAAGUUGAGCUCAAACGGCAAGCCGAGGACAACCUGAUCAUGAACGCCAACCUGACCACCAUGAGCGAGGCGAAGAGAGCUUGGUUCGAGAAGAAGCAGAAGGAGAUCCUAGAGCGCCCAAAUUGAGUUGACAAUCUCAAUUUGUAAUUUUUAUAUUUGUUCAAACUAUGGCACAUUUCAUUUCUUCAUCAUGCAACAUUUUAUUUGUAUGCUAUUUGAUAUUAUUCUAUAAUUGUUAGAUAUUAUUCUA